CCCUCCAAGCCUUUCCUCGCGCAGCCGCCGCCAAAGCCUGGAGAAGUGGAAUCUCGCCCGCGCCCCUCCCAGCGCGGGCCUCGAGGAGCCGCACUGGGCAUGCUCAGUCGCCGGAGCCUGUGCUGCUCUCAAGUAGGAAGCUCGCGUGCUGCAACCCCGCAGCUGAUCUCGGCGCCCCGCGGAGGGUAGACGCAAGCCGAGCCUCCGGGCAUCGGAACCGAGUGAGCGCCGCGCGCCGCGUUGGUUGGAACUGCUGUGUGAGCUGCUGUGAUUUCCAGCCAAGCAUGCUGUGGUCGGAUCUCCCCAGCUACGGAACAGAAACCUUUGCUGGAUGGAAAAUCCAUAAAAGAAAGCUCCUGUGAAAAGCCGAGACCAACAAUAGCUUGAACGAGCUCAGUGAACCAUCUCACUGUUUCCUGAAUACUUGGGAGUUGCUGAGGCCCUUGCCAGUGCUGACUAUCACUAUGGGCAGACGGUACCUGGAGGCUCACUGGUGUCCAGGCAGCUCAUAUUGCAAAUUAUAACCUAUUUCCUGCACCAUUGCUGGCACCCAGCGGUCCAUGUCAGAAGUACUUCCAGCUGACUCAGGUGCUGACACCUUGGCAGUGUUUAUGGCCAGCAGCGGAACCACAGACGUAGCAAAUCGGAACAGUCCAGCCACACCACCAAAUACCCUUAAUCUCCGUUCCUCCCACAAUGAACUGCUGAAUGCUGAAAUAAAACACUCAGAUGCCAAGAACAGCACACCACCCAAAUGCAGGAAAAAAUAUGCACUGACUAAUAUCCAGGCGGCCAUGGGUCUUUCAGAUCCAGCCGCUCAGCCCCUGCUGGGAAAUGGCUCUGCCAACAUCAAGCUAGUGAAAAAUGGGGAGAACCAGCUUCGGAAGGCUGCAGAGCAGGGGCAGCAGGACCCCAACAAAAACAUUAGCCCCACAGCAGUCAUCAACAUAACUUCUGAGAAGUUGGAGGGUAAAGAGCCACACCCACAGGAGUCCUCUAGCUGUGAGAUUUUGCCCUCCCAGCCCAGGAGAACUAAGAGCUUCCUCAAUUACUAUGCAGACCUGGAAACCUCAGCAAGAGAACUAGAGCAGAACCUGGGUGGCUGCCAUGGGAUUGGGGAGGAGAAAGCCCAGCCAGGCCCAGUCCAAGCCUCUGCCAUCAUUGGGAAUGGUGACUUGCCGCUGCAGAAACCAAACAAACCCCAGUCUAGCCCAGAGGAUGGCCAAGUAGCCACAGUGUCAUCCAGCCCAGAGACCAAGAAGGACCAUCCUAAAACAGGGGCCAAAACCGACUGUGCACUCCACCGGAUCCAGAACCUGGCACCGAGUGAUGAGGAAUCCAGCUGGACCACACUGUCCCAAGACAGUGCCUCCCCAAGCUCCCCGGAUGAGACAGCAGAUAUCUGGAGUGAUCAGUCAUUUCAGACAGAUCCAGAUUUGCCGCCUGGCUGGAAAAGAAUCAAUGACAUUGCUGGGACCUAUUACUGGCACAUCCCAACAGGAACAACGCAGUGGGAACGGCCCAUCUCCAUCCCAGCAGAUCUUCAGGGUUCUAGGAAAGGGUCACUUAGCUCUGUAACACCCUCUCCCACUCCAGAGAAUGAGAAACAGCCAUGGAGUGAUUUUGCUGUUCUGAAUGGGGGAAAGAUUAAUAGUGACAUUUGGAAGGAUUUGCAUGCAGCCACAGUUAACCCAGACCCCAGUUUAAAAGAGUUUGAAGGAGCAACACUACGCUAUGCAUCUUUGAAACUCAGAAACGCCCCUCAUGCUGAUGACGAUGAUUCUUGUAGUAUCAACAGUGACCCAGAAACCAAGUGUUUUGCUGUGCGCUCUCUAGGCUGGGUAGAGAUGGCAGAGGAGGAUCUCGCCCCUGGGAAAAGCAGCGUUGCUGUCAACAACUGCAUUAGACAGCUUUCCUACUGCAAAAAUGACAUCCGAGACACAGUCGGCAUUUGGGGAGAGGGCAAAGACAUGUACCUGAUCCUGGAGAACGACAUGCUCAGCCUGGUGGACCCCAUGGACCGCACUGUGCUGCACUCUCAGCCCAUCGUGAGCAUCCGUGUGUGGGGCGUAGGCCGAGACAAUGGCCGAGAGAGGGAUUUUGCUUAUGUAGCAAGAGACAGAGAUACACGAAUUUUGAAAUGUCAUGUAUUUCGAUGUGAUACACCAGCAAAAGCCAUCGCCACAAGUCUCCACGAAAUCUGUUCCAAGAUUAUGGCUGAGCGGAAGAAUGCCAAAGCCCUGGCCUGUAGCUCCUUACAGGAGAGGACCAACGUGAAUCUCGAUGUUCCUUUACAAGUAGAUUUUCCAACACCAAAGACUGAGCUGGUGCAGAAGUUCCACGUGCAGUACCUGGGCAUGUUGCCUGUGGACAGACCCGUCGGCAUGGAUACCCUGAACAGUGCCAUAGAAAGUCUUACAACCUCAUCCAACAAGGAGGAUUGGCCAUCAGUGAACAUGAACGUGGCUGAUGCCACUGUGACAGUCAUCAGCGAAAAGAAUGAAGAGGAAGUCUUGGUGGAGUGUCGAGUGCGGUUUUUGUCCUUCAUGGGUGUCGGUAAGGAUGUCCAUACAUUUGCCUUCAUCAUGGACACAGGGAACCAGCACUUUGAGUGCCAUGUGUUCUGGUGCGAGCCUAAUGCCGCCAAUGUGUCAGAGGCCGUCCAGGCUGCCUGCAUGUUGCGAUAUCAGAAGUGCUUGGUAGCCAGGCCACCUUCACAGAAAGUUCGGCCUCCACCUCCGCCAGCAGACUCAAUGACCAGAAGAGUCACAAGUAAUGUAAAACGAGGGGUCUUGUCUCUCAUUGACACUUUGAAACAGAAACGUCCUGUCACAGAAAUGCCAUAGCUGCUCAAGGAUUCUGUUACUUUUUCCUGAAGAUCAAAUAGCUGCACUAAAGCAAAGGAACUGCUACCUGGCCUUCCAUUCAGUUGCUGAUGCUUUGUCUCCAGAGAACUUAUCCUUAACCAGACAGUGUUAGACAAGCAUGUUCUCUCGUCUUGCCACCAUCACGUGAUAUGCAAAGAAGCAUGAAUAAUUUUUUUUCUGUAAGUUACAUCAUAAGCAGUGGAAGGUCUUUUUCUUAUUGUAAAUAUUGUGAACAUGACUUCACAUACACACGAAAGAAUGUGGCCACACCUUCCUAGAGACCUGUGCUGCAUCCUUGGGGUGAAUGGCACCCAAGUUCAUUUCACUGUCCUCCUGACCGGAUCUGUCACAAGCAACCUUUUGGUCUUUCAGCACUUUGCCCUGUUUUCAGCAUUCAAAAAAUUUAGACACUGAAUAACAGAUACCAUUGAAUUGCUGUAAAAAUAGGGUGAUGGAUUUGAGUUUUAGUUUUUCAUAAAACUGAUCCUGUUGGUUGACAAAAAUUGGCUGUUGGCAUCAGCACAGACACCAACUAGCAGCUCUCCUCCGCGAGCUCUUUGACACAUGGACACUAUUUCAUGUCUACAGCUGUUUGUGGGGUGUUGGGAAAGAGUGAAACUUUCAAAUUGAUGGAAAACUAAAUUUGAGGAAUUAAAAUCAAACAAAAAAUAGCCUUUUAAGAUGGUUUUAAAACUGAUUAUUUUAAAAAAGAGAUUAACAAAAAAUGCAUCUUGGAUGGAAUAUAUUUCAAGCUUCUGCCUUACAUUGUACAGUGCAGCUAGGGAAUUAAGUACAUAUGGCCAUUCUCUGCCCAGACAUGAAAAUGAAUACACCUAUACCUUUCAUCCUUAGUUUGAUAACCAGCUAAUAUGCAAUUUAGAGUUGAGGAAAUGCCAUUCCUGUCUCUGUCCUACAAUUUCAUUUUACUCCCCCACCACAUGAUUCCUGUUAGUCCACCUCCUAGAGGUAAUGUUCUCCUAGAAUUCUCUACCCCAACUUUUCUCUAAUGCUUUUUGUCCAGAAAGCUGUCUAUCCAUCAUAUAUUGUCCAUGGCAACAAACAAUUGAACUCUUCUUGAAUUUAUGUGUUUAAUGUUAGAAAUUUGAUUAGACUUGAACGGAUAUGUUUUAAAACUUCUAUUUUUCCAUUUUACUUUCAAGAUUUAAAUUUUUCUUAUCAGAAUAAAAUAUACAUAGGAAUAAUGAACUGUUUGACAAUUUCCCCAAAAUAGCGUUUUCCUGCUUCUUUUUAUAUGUGUAAGAAAUUGAGCUAUAAAAAUACACAGAUUUAGACUCUUGUCAACAAUGUUGUUUCAAAAGGAAGUUGCAAAGGAGAUCAAUCUUAAUAUCGUUUACUCUAAUGUCAAUUAACAUCCUAAAGUUAUAAAGGUAAUGCUUUGUGUUUAUACACUGCUUUGUGCUUGUCAAAAUGGUUUCCACAGUCUUAAUCACAUUUGAGCCUUAUUAGGUAGAAAAGGUACUAAACUCAUUGAAGAAAUCAAAACAUAAAGUACCAAGAGGCUAAAUAAGUGGCCUAGGAUCUCACCAAAGCUCAUGAGAGCCAGAACCAGUACCCACAAUUCCCAGCUCUUGCCACAUUAUGCCUCUUCUACUCAGUCAGGAAGACCCUUUCCAAAUGACUCUAGGCCCAUACGAAGAAGAGCAGAUACUGGAAAUAAUGUCAGGUAACCUCAGAAUUCUCAAGUAAAUAAGGAAAUUUUCCAGUGUGUCUGCACAGUAGCGUUAACCAUAAGACCAUUGUCGUCUCUCAGUCCAGGACUGUGUUCCUCACAUGUGUUGUAGAGGAAUUGUCUUCCUUUAGCAGCCUGUUCCAAGCUGUGAGAUGUUCUAGAGAUGAUGUUACUUGUGGUAGAGAUAUUCCUAACUCAUGGCACUUAGCCGCCAGAGAGCACGCUGGAAUGAGUGGGAGGUCUUCUGCCUAUGGCUCCCUCAGAGAAUUCAUGGAGUGGGGUGCAGGAGCUGGAAUUGUUGGCACCCUAAUGUUACAAUAAAAAUGACACUACUUGAGAAAAUGUGUUAUACUUGGUGCCAACUUACUAUCUGAAGUAACCAGUGCCAUCUGAGAAAUGACUGCAUUAAGAAAACCUUGCUGUGCCCAGUAAAAAUGAUUCACAGUUCAGUUAUGAUUGUCUUUCAUCUUGAUCUCCACAGUGUAAUGUUUGAGUGCACCCAACUUCAAAACUCUGAACAAGUAAUCCACAUUUCUGUAGGAAAUCUCUACCCAAACCUCCUGUUCAUUUUAAGAUAUACAUUUGUUUGUUUUCAGGAUCAAGAAUACUGAGCUAGCUUUAAGUAGCAAACUGAUUUAUAUAUGCAAUUUUAGGAUGCAGUAAGAUGAAUGAUAGCCUUUACAUAUUAAAAACUUUACUGCAGAUAUUUUGUUUUGAAAAUAGCUUUGCAUACUAAAUGCAGGUUAAUUUUAUAAAAUUAUGUUAAGCAGUAUGUUCAGACACUUUCUGCCAUGGCCAAAAAGUAUGUAUGAAAAUACGUGUGUAUUUGUCUGUGAAAGGAUGCCAGUGUUUUACCUGAGAUCUUAGUGAUACUUCAGUUAUCUAUGCAUUCUUUAUAUCUGUGAUUCAGUAAACAGGCAGCCAUGUUUGCUAUGCCUUGUAUGUCUUAUCAUUUUUUAAUUAACCUGUCAAAUACAGCUUAAAGUAUUUUUAUUUUAUUUAUUCUAUUUUUACUGAAAUAUACUGCAUUAUUAUGUUAAUGUAUUAUCUUUACCGGAUAUAAUGUCACAAUGUAUCCAGGUCUACGUAAUCUCAGUGAACUAUACAUUGCCUAGAAGGUGGUUUUGUAAUGAUUUAUAGUUACAUUUUUAUUGGAGUAUGUAGAAAAAAAGGUAAAAAUGCUUAAAGUUCCUUUUAUUUUUUAAAAGCAGCUAGCUAGAUGCACUCUCACCACCUCAUCUAUGUGCUCCUUGGCAGCAUCAAGGGAAACAGCCAACAUGCCUGUGGCUAAGGACUUUACUUUGUAGACUAAGGCACUGUGCGGUGCUUCGUUUUUAUAUCCUUCACAACACAUGUGAUUUCAUCUGAAAGAUAUACAUAUAUCCACAAACCCUUUGUUUCCACCUAGGUUUAAGAUCACCACAACUAAUUAGAGCCAUUGUUUUUUGUUUGUGUGUCUAAUUGCAUGAAGGGACAUUAGAUCCAUUUCCAUUAAAACAAGUUCUUGGUGAUAACUGUUGGCACUGCUACUUUUCUAAAAAAUUCACUUUAGGAGUGUAAGAAGGACAAUUAACAAGACUACUCAAUUUGAGGCCAUUGACUAGGAGCCCCAAAGCUUCCUUUUUGUGUAUGGCACACUCAUUUUAUGAGCAUUGCAACACAAGAUUUCAAAAAACAACAUGAAACACAUCUGACAUCAGGACAAUUUAAUAAAACCAUAAGCUCUCUGGUUGGCCAGGCUUAACCUAAUACCAUCUACUGUC